AUGUGCAGCCGCAUUUCACGCCCGAGUUGCUCUCCAAGGACGCGCCGCCUCCCGCUGCAGAGGGCGGGUGGUGGGGCCGGGGGCGCCGGACCCGGCACCGCCAGAGGGGCUCGGCGGCCCGGGGGGCAUCGGGGGAAGGGGAGGGCGGCCAAGCCACCCCCCCGCAGCGGCGGGGUCCGGGCACGGCGGGUUCCCCGGUCCCCCGCGGCCCCGAGCGCCUGGGGAAGGCGCCGCGCCCGGGAAGGAGUCCCCGGGGCGGGCGGCCGGGGCCAAACUUCCCGCGGCGCCGCCACCCCCUCAAAAUGGCUUCGCCGCCGCGGCCCCUGCCCGGGUGAGUCCGUCCGGGCGCCCGCCCGCGCCCCGCCGCCGGUACCGGCCGGGCACCGCUCCGCGCCUCACUGCGCCCCCGCACCGGCGCCCUCGCCGCGGCCCGGCCCCGCCGCGCUCAACAGGUGCGGGGCGGCCCGGGCCCGCCGCCACCGGCACCGGCGCCGGCACCUGCCACCGCGUCAGGACCUGGACAGGUCCCGCGGGGCGCUCCCGCCGCCGCCGCCCCGGCUCACCUCCCGCGGCGCCGCGCCGCUCUCCCGGGCCCUGCCGCCGCCGCUCCGCCAUGCGCGGCCCCGGCCGAGCCCCGCGGCGGCCCCGCUGCGCCGCCGCGGCCCCGCGCGCGCGCCGCCAACGUGCAGGCCGCGCCGGGCCCGCCAGCGCCGCGAGCCCCGCGCGCGGGGAGGGGCGGGGCCGCGGGCAGCGCCACCGCCCCCAUUGGCAGGGGGCGCGCGCGGGGAGGGGCCAGCGGCGGUCGCGCGCUCUCCCAGCGCGGAGGAUGGCGAUGGGGGGCGGGGCUUGGCCGCUCUGGGGGCGGCUCUGAUUGGGUGA